AUUCCACAGUUUAUCAAUAUGGCUGUCUACAUCUAAUAUGUUUCUGGUUAUUUCAACUUGUCCGGGACAAUACUUUCAGUCCACAUAUUCAAGAAGGACAAGUUGAAUACUCCGGAGUCUAUGAUGUUCACGAAAUUGACAAUGUUGCCACUCACGUUGCUGGCGGAUACUGUCUCUUAUGCCUUUGGCGCCGAAUUACCAAGUAAUUUGGAUAAUGUCCGACGCUAUACAGAAGGCUACGUAUUGGCGUUAUGGCAGAACAGGUUGUAUAUUUACACCGCUGCGGCAGUCGUUGUGGGUAUCUGGUUUGCCCUAAACCUGGUGCUGAAAAAGAAGAAGGUCGUUAGACCUGCUAGUCCCUGGCGUUUCCAAACUGCGGAAACGAAAAAAUAUCCAGUAAAGGAGAAAGUGGAAUAUGUCUCUGGCGUGAAGAUUUUUUACGGAUCACAAACUGGAACUGCAAAGGGAUUUGCAAGAGAGCUUGCUGAAGAUGUCAAGAAUCUGGGACUUGUAUCUGAGGUGAUUGAUUUGAAAGAUUAUGAUCCUGACGACAGACUAUCAGAUGAGUGCACUAGCAAAGCAGUUUGUGUGUUCCUCCUGGCCACCUACACAGAUGGGAAACCCACGGAGAACGCAGAGUGGUUUUCUAAAUGGCUGGAGGAGGCUUCCACAGAUUUCCGAUAUGGCAAAACCUACCUCAAAGGUUUGAGAUAUGCUGUGUUUGGCCUGGGCCACUCGGCCUAUGAGGACCACUUUAACACGGUGGGUACAUCCGUAGACAAGUGGCUGUGGAUGCUGAGCGGCUCCCGGGUGAUGACACGCGGCGAGGGUGACUGCAACGUGGCCAAGAGUCGCCACGGCAGCGUGCAGGCAGACUUCCAGGCGUGGAAGGGCCGCCUGCUGAGCCGGCUGCAGGCGCUGGCCCGCGGGGAGAAGAAGAGCUGCAGCGGCCAGUGCAAGAAUGGCACCUGCAAGAGCAAGAGCAAGAAGAAGCAGCAGGGUGCGGCAGCGGAGGCUGGGAAGUGCUCCAGCGACCAGAAACCACACAGUUCUGAGGAGGAGCUGAUGGAGUCGAGCAGCGAGGCAGAGAGCGUGGACGACGAGGAGCCAGGUCAUGGGUCUGUCAUCGACAUGGAGGACCUGGGGAAUGUCAUGAACCUCAUCAAGAAAGUCAAGAAGAAGGCGGAAGGAGAGGACCGGCUGAAGGUCAGACUGUCUAAGCUGAGUAAUGGGAAGAUCCCGGAGGAGGAGAGGAGGGAGAUGAUCACACCAGCGCUCCGAGACGCUCUCACCAAGCAAGGGUACAAACUCAUAGGGAGCCACUCGGGAGUGAAGCUGUGUCGCUGGACGAAGUCGAUGCUACGUGGGAGAGGAGGCUGCUACAAGCAUACCUUUUAUGGCAUUGAGUCUCACCGGUGCAUGGAGGCCACCCCCAGCCUAGCCUGUGCCAAUAAAUGUGUCUUCUGCUGGAGACACCACACCAACCCCGUGGGCACCGAGUGGCGCUGGAAGAUGGACCCAGCCGACAAGAUCCUGCUGGAGGCAGUGGAGAAUCACCAGAGCAUGAUCAAGCAGUUCCGAGGGGUCCCGGGGGUGCGCCCGGAUCGCUUCGAGGAGGGGCUGGCCGUCAAGCACUGCGCCCUCUCCCUGGUGGGGGAGCCCAUCAUGUACCCCGAGAUCAACGCCUUCCUGCGCCUGCUCCACCAGCAGCGCAUCUCCAGCUUCCUGGUGACCAACGCCCAGUUCCCCGAUGAGAUCAGGAGUCUAGUUCCUGUCACUCAGUUGUAUGUCAGCGUGGACGCAAGCACGAAGGACAGCCUGAAACGGAUCGACCGGCCGCUCUUUAAGGACUUCUGGCAACGCUUCUUGGACAGCCUCCGAUCCCUGGGCGAAAAGCAACAGCGCACGGUGUACAGGCUGACCCUGGUUAAGGCCUGGAACGUGGACGAGCUGAAGGCGUACUCGGAGCUCAUCGCCCUUGGCCAGCCGGACUUCAUCGAGGUGAAGGGAGUGACCUACUGUGGCGAGAGCUCGGCCAGCAGCCUCACCAUGGCCAAUGUGCCGUGGCACGAGGAGGUCAUCUACUUCGUGCAGCAGCUGGCCAACCUGCUCCCCGACUACGAGAUCGCCUGUGAGCACGAGCACUCAAACUGCCUGCUCCUGGCCCAUCACAAGUUCAAAGUUGACGGGGAGUGGUGGACGUGGAUCGACUACGACCGCUUCCAAGAGCUGGUCCAGGCCCACGAGGAGAGUGGCGGCGCCAGAACCUUCUCCGCCUCGGACUACAUGGCCAAGACGCCCAGCUGGGCCCAGUUCGGCGGCAGCGAGAGAGGCUUCGACCCCUCGGACACUCGCUUCCAGCGGAAGAACAAGACCAAAGACAUCUCGGGCUGCUGACGCAGAAGAGCCCCGCACACCUUGCACGACUCUCCCAUCACGAAUCGGGAGGCUUUUAGGCGCUAACUCUUUUUUCUUUUUUCUUUUGAGGAAGCCUCUGUCAGAUUCCAGACACUCUGCUUGAGCCAGAUGUCGCCAUGAACAUAAAACACUGAUUUAACAGCCACUCUUCAUGAUGAGACUAGUUGACACAGGAACUGACGUUUCUCAUCGAGUGACAUUUGCAUAGUGAGGAGGACUGUCCCUUUAUUUGGACAGUAGUUCAUUAUUCUCUUUCAGUUGUUGACGUCCAUGCCGAAUCAUCUUUUUAUGAAGACUUCAUGCUAUCAGGAUUCACUGGGUAACCCAACACUAAAGCACAAUGAUAGGUGCUUGUUAGGCAGAACAAUUAUCAAAUAUGCCGUGUGGCAAAGAUGGGGCUGCUAGUCCAUGUUCAAACACCCCCGUACUGCCGUACAGCUGGUAUUUGCUGAGUUGGGUUGAGCUUUACAGCGCACAUUUAAAGAGCCAUGUGUUUCGCCGUCUUUUUCUGAUCUUCUGAUUUUAUCUACUUCUCUUCUUUGUAUUGUAGAUUUUUAUUGGAGUUUUCUUUUUUCUCUUAUUUUUUGUUUGUGUUUCCUUUUUACUUGAGUCAUUCUCGUUGGUAUGUCCUAAAAGAGCCAGUCUUUCUUCUUUUGUUUUUUUUUUUAUUAUUUUUUCGCUCCCUGUAGCUUAAAAUGUUAUGCUGUUAUAAGCUGUCUUGUCCCGAGAAGAUUCUUGAUUCUUCCCCUUUCACUGUGAUCAUUCCAUAUUUUAGGCGUUCUUGAAUAAUAGCACAUAUUCACUCAUGAGCUGUCUUUACCAUUGCACACUCAAGAGUAGUUUGAAUUCCACGUAAGAAUGCUUAAUGUAGUAAGUCCAAAAUCAAUAUUGUACGGCCCAAGAGAAACCCAAGUCUCCUGGGGAGUUAAUGUAUGUGGUUCAGAAAACCAAACAUUGUCGAAAGUUAUUGUCCCACACAGCACUAUAUCUGUGACAACGUCAGCUUGUGGUUUAGUCAGAUUACAUUCCAAAUAUUUAAUGUAGAUAAUGCAGAAUGUUAAUUGCCCCUACUCUCCACAAAUGUCACAUCGGGAGUGUCAUAACUUGAUCAUGUCAGUUCCCUCAGGUAAAUUAAGUCUUGUGAAUUCUGGGAGCAUCCCCCCCCCUAAAACAAGCUCUGUGCUCUGAAUGCCUGGCUGAGAUUGACAUUUCUUGAGAAAUGAAUAUGCUAUAGUGUGGAGAAAUGUACAAUUUCACCAGCUUGAGAUUUCGGCUCGCUGUGCUCGAGAGUGCUUGAGAUGACAGUUUCCUGACGGGCACAAGGAACUUUUCGGCGCAGCCAACCCAAGUUACUUUCUGUGGAUGUUUGCACUUUUUUUUUGUACAGGCUUUCCAUGCCGAACCUCUCUGGCAGCUCGGCGUGUUUUCCGCGCGUCAGUCAGAGAUGGCUGCAGGGGCCGCCGACAGGUCAGCGGCUCGUCUCCGCCCGUUUUCGGCUCUAAUUACCCGCCUGACCUGCUCUCCGGAACACCACCGCUGCUGCAGCUGCAGCCGCCGAGCUCCUCGAGAGCGGGGAGGGUGCCGCAGGCAGGCGGAGCUAAUAGGCCUCAUUUGCAUCCAACUGAUAGGAGGGCCGCGUCCCCUGCGUCCGCUUCGCUCCUCCACCACGCAGCAGCGUGAGCCACUGCCCAACCCCAGUCUGCUGUCAAAUAUAAUAGUUUUAGUUUUGAGAUGCAAGAUGUCGUUGUCUUUGCUUGCCUACAGUUUUUCAUUCACUGAUUGAUUUGUGAAAUUUACAUUAAAGAUGUAAUUGAUGA